GUCACCCUGUAUAUGGAAAUACCACAAACCACAAUGGACCACGAUGUUUUGCCCUGACUAGCGCUAUCCCGCUAUCCUUCUCGUUUGUCAUUCUAGCCGCAAUGAAUUCGCGUUACGCCUGUUCCAUCAGUGUAGUGUUGACAGUUCAUUGUUUCCCUCGCAUUGUAGGUUAUGUUGUCACAGCGAAGAUUAUGGAUAUAAACAAAAUGGAAAAUGAAGGAAAUAACAAAAAUGACUCUGUAGAGCUAAUAGAAAUUAACAUUGUGGAAGGUAAUGAGUCCAAGGAUGAUGAAGUGCCAGCAAAAACUGCAAAAGAUCUCUUCUCGGACUUCAAAGCAUCCGACGAGUCGGAUUAUGAACCGGAUGAUCAUGACCCAACAGAUACAGAUUCUGAUGAGCCGCUUUCCAAGCGUGUGAAAGUUAAGAAGGACAAAGGGGCGAAAUCGAAAAAAGAUGCCAACGAUAAUGCUUCUAAGGCAAAAAAGAAUUAUUCCCAGAAGUACAAAAAAGAAUGGGAAGCAAUACCUUCAGUGAGACCAUGGAUUUCAGAGAGUGUUCAUGGACCUCAUUACUUCUAUUGCAGAUUUUGCAAAAAAGAUUACAAAUGUGGAAAGACAGAAAUAUUCAAACACAUGAGUGCAAUGAAGCACAAAAGACAUCUCAGCUCUACAACACAAGGAGUUCAGCAAAAAUUCAUGUUCAGAGGGCUGUUAUGCCCUGUGGUGACACCAUUUGUUAAAUCAAGAGCAAAGGAAAUAAAUUACAAAUUGAUAAAUCCAUAUGCUAAGUUCUUGAAGGCUUGUGGUGUAAAGGGAAUUUUGUUGAAUGAUGUAGUAGGUGAAGGCAUGUCUUUAACACCAGAAGAACGAAAAUCCCUUACCGAGUAUUGGGCCACACUAUGCAAAGAAAAAAAUCAAUUUCUUAUGGUGCAAAUUGGAGGAGCACCACUGAAAAGUGUUAUUGAUAUGGCAAUUCAUGCGGAAAAAUUAAAAGUUGGCGCUAUAGUUUUGAUGCCAGAUUUGUAUAAUCGUCCAAAGAAUCAUUUGGAUCUGAUCAGAUAUAUAAAAAUCAUAUCAGACUAUACAGACAAGAUACCCAUUUUAUAUCAUCAUUAUCCAAAGUAUACAAAUCUCAUUAACAUUGAUAUGACUUCAUUCCUACUAGAUAUAACUGGGGAAAUUGAGACAUUUGUUGGUGUAAUAUACACCACUAAUGAUUUGCAAGAGGGAUUGACUGCAUUGACUUUAAAUCCUGACAAAUAUGUUUGCUUCAUGGGUACUGAUGAGGUUAUGUUGGGUGCCGUAGCUAGUGGAUUCACUUGUAUAAUGGGAAACAGCAUAAAUAUCCUGCCAAAAUUAGCAGAAUCCAUAUGUCAGUGUAUUAAGGAUGGUGAAAUUAAGAGUGCUCAAGCAUCGCAGAAUUUGUUGAAGAAAGCUUUAGAUAAUAUUUAUUGUAAUGUGCUUAUGAUUUUUGAGAGUUAUACUAUUGAUUACCCGAAGAUAGUCAGUCACUCUCAUUUAGUUGGCUACAGCCCUAUCUCCAUCUAUGAGACACAUUCCUUUUUAAAGUAAAUUUCUAAUUAUUGCGGAGUGGAGAAACAGCUGUGACAAAUUUCCAUAGAUGGCGCCACAAUAUCUCAUUUCAUAUUGAAUAAAUAUUUUUUUGGGAAACGAAACACAGUCGAUGGUUGAUUAUCUUCAGGUAAAAUACGUUAAUCAAUGGUUAUACACUUCCAAACUGCUCCAGCAAAUAUGCACAGAACACAGCAAAGAAACUUUAAGGGGGCUAGGUGAGUCAUUUCCAAAAUCAGCAGUUAUUGUAGUUGUAGUGCAGUUGAGGUGUAAUGGAAUGGACACAUGUCUAGUAUCUCAUAGUUUACUUCUAGUAGCUGAUUCAGGAAAGAUAUUCCUGGUUCACCAUUAUUGAAUGUUGUGGGUUGGAAUCCCACUGACACCAGAUUUUUCUUCCAUUUGCUGGAACAAAUCUGAUUGGUUACUCUGAAACUACUCUUUUAUGGAAAUGAUGCUACCUUAGGCCCGGUUUUUCAGUGGCAGAUCACUACGACCGUGGUCUUGUAGUUAUCAAUGAAAAAGUGUUUUCAAUAUCGCAUUAUUCAAAAAUUUAUAUCAAUUUAACGAUUAAUAUAAAUAAAAGUAGAAACAGAACUUUACUCUUUCCAGGAAACAGAGCUUUACUCUUUCCAGGAAACAGAGCCACUUUUUUGCUCACUAUUAUGCUUUUGUUUUUACUUACCAAUGAUGCUAACAUCAUUUCCUCAUCUUUUGAGAGUGUUUGAGCUCUUUUUUUGAUGUUUUCUUUCUACACACUAGAAAACAGUUUUUGAUAAAUCUUAGCGACAGGAAUAACCGUAUAUUUUUUGCUCCGCUGCUAAAGACCUUUAUUUUUGCGCGGUGGAUUAUAGAAGUGAUGCUAAAAAUGGUGAUAUUUAACAUAUAUAUUCAGACUUGAUUGUAUCUUGAGCGUAUUUUUUGACCUAUGUAAGGUUGAUUAGGCAUUGCAUUUUCCACCUUCUUCACCACCUUUUCUAUAAUCCCGUCUAUAGAGUCUACUACUAAAAUUUGUACAAGCAGUGUUUGAAAAAUCUUCCCUUGUUUUAUUAGAAUUUCGACAAUUUUUUAAACAUUAAUAAAAAAAGACGAGCUGACACGUAUGACGGUAUGAGGCCAUGGCACAAGACACAAACACCAAGUGCACAAAAUACGGUAUUUAAGAAUGCAGGGUUGCAACAAAUAUAAAAUGAACUUCUGGUGAGUUAACUGGCGCUGUCAAAAUACUUGUAAAACGCAUUUGUAGGCAACUACAAGUUUAUUUCCUGGUUAUAGUUAACUAACCAGACAGUUAAGCUGCGAUUGAAAAACCGGGCCAUAUUGUUAUUAUAUAUCGUCGGCUUACUGCAAAAACAAGAUAGCUGCGUUUUUGUUACUUUUUUGAGUUGAGUAAAUUUUCACACCUAUACCUGUUCAGUUUUUGUUAUCUUAUAUUCCAAUGUUGUGUUUGCUGAAAAUUUUCACGCCACUGUACCCACAUUUUCUAACACAAUUUAUGAAUGUUGUCGAACACGUAAAUACCAAUUACAGAAAACCUCGAAACCUCGUUUUUGAAGUUUUCGGGUAACCCGACGAGAUAAUAUGUCCUUGUAGUUUGCAAACGGGUAUGAUUAUUAUUCUAGGAGAUAUGGUAGCGACUUUAAAAGCAGCCAUCAGUAUAGUGACAAAUCUACCCAUGGAAGUGGUGAGAGAACCAUUGCAGACUGUCUGGGAAGGAACGUACACGAAAAUGAGAAACAAACUGCACGAAAUCGGAAUUAUAUAGAUAGAAUUUUCACAUAAAAAAUGUUUUCAUAGUAGGUGUACAUAAUAAUUUGUAAUGUCCCUCGAUCUAGUGCACCGAGAACUCGUUCAGUAUAUACAUUUGGUAUUUGUUUAUUCACUUGGGUUGUGAAUAAACCAAUAAUAAGUUAUUGUUUUUUUUUCAUUAUUCAUGCCCUUUAUAUAAUAUCUUUUUUUAAUGAAUGGAUAAUCACUUACACUAUUUCCAUCCAGGGGAGCAAUUCUUUAAAAUGAGGGAGUAGAAGAACCAGUAGAAGAAAGCCAAAUAAAAUGACAGAAAUAACAGUAAUUGAUUUCACAAAGUUACGAGAAACACUUUAACAACAAAACUCUAAAGUCUAAAUUAAAGCAUGAUGACUAUUACGGAAAUUUUUUUAAUAACCCGAAGUGAAAAUGAUUGAAAACAAUAUACAAAAUCGAGGAAGGAGUGUGUAGCAGUUCCAGGAGGGAAAAGAAAAAAUACUAUGAUAACAAAAACGAUAGCAAUAUGAGUAAUUCUAAAAUGAUGUGGAGAACAUUAAACAAUAUUGUUUCUCCAAAUAGAAAGAAAUAAUUAAUCGAAGAUGGGGAGUGACAAAAAAAUAUUUUAACAGAAAGAAUAAACACUUAUUAUAUAAUUAUGGUCAUCACAAGUAUAUCAUAAUGCAUCAAUGAAUCAAAUUUAGGAACAAUAACAUCGACAAUCUAAGAAAAGCUAUUUCAGCAUUGAAAUCUGAUAAAAAUCCUAGUGAGAAUCCCUCACCAAAUAUUCUAAAUGAAUGUUUCAAUAUAAAUAUUAUUAUUGCCAAGUCAUUGUUUGGUGCAUGGUGAAUUCCCAUCAACAUUAAAGUGCUUCACCAUUACUCCUGUACCAAAGGUACAACAUUUUGAGCUAUAUACAAAUACGACAGUGAUCAAUGUCUUGCCAGAUGUCCAGAAGCUGAUGCAAACGGGUAAUAGGCGAGCAAAUAAUUGGAUUCAUUGAAAAAGAAAGAUAACAAAAAACCAAGCUGGAUUUAGACAAAACUAUUCAAUCCAAAUAGUGGUGUAAGACGACAAAAGAAGUUUAGAUGAGAAAAAAUGUACUGUAACAGUAUUUUUAGAUUUCAAAAUUUCAUCACCAUAGUUUUAAACGAUCAGUAUUAAAUAUUUUACAAAAUUAUUUAGCAAAUAGAAAUCUAAAAACUAAAAUUGGACAUAUUAUGUCAAGCAUUCAAAAUGUAUCAGUAGAGGUGCCACAUGGGAGUAAAUCGUGCCCGUUACUAUUCAUAUAUAUAUAUAUAUAUCUGACAGUUUAGAACACUGCAAACUUCAAAUAUUUGUGGCUGAUACAUCGGUAUAUAUAUAACAUAUAAGCAUUUGGACACUCAUUUGGGACUGUUAAAUAGUGAUAUUAAAAAAAAGAUGAAUUGGUGAAAUGUUAAUAAACUUAAACACUAAUAUAACAAAAUUUAUGUCAGUAGGGAAACAAUUAGGCUCAUGAUUCAUGAUGAAAAAACAUUAAAAUAUCUGUAUAUGUACGUAUGUAGUAUAUACUACUACUUGAAGAGCAUUAUACAAUAUCUCAAAAAUAUCAAAAAAGAUAAAUUACUUCUAUUUCAUUUUAUAUAUAGUUUAACUAUUGUUUGCAUCAAAUGAAAACAUAUUUUCAAAAUUACAAAUUCUACAAAAUGAGUCAUUUUAAAUAAAAACAAAUAUGUUAAGAUUAGGGUUUUUUUUGUUGUAAGAACUGAAGUAGUUGACUGUAAAAAGUUUUAUAUUGGUUCUCAUUUUUAUAUUCAAAUUAAAAAAUCAUUUAUUACCAUGACAUUUAGACAUUUUCCCAAAAUUAAAUAGUAAUUAUCAUAAUUACGAAACUAGAGGCAGUAUUGAUUUUUUCUGCAUAACUAGCAAAUCUAUAUUUCAAAUUGAAUAAAUUGAAUAAUGACAUUAAACAGUGUUUUCGCAUUUAAACAUGUGUAAGGUGAAAUUAGAAACUCACUUUAUGAAUAUCCAAAAUGCAUGGUGAUGUAAUUUUAAUAGACAAGACUGUAAAAUCACGGAAAAUUGAUACAAAAUUGACAUUGUACCAUUAAUACUAAAUAAAUCUUCAGCAAACACGCAAUCAAACAAAUGACUUAGAGAGCGUCUAUACUAUCAGUAAAUACAGUUCUUCUAAGACUAAUGUAAUCACGUCCACUAUCUAUUAGUUUUCAACCCUCUCAUUUUCAAGAAAGGACCUACAGAUGCCCAAUAAUCGAUUGACUGAUAUUACAUUUGGCUAUCAUCCAUGGUUAACGUGGUUAUUGUUUAUUGAGAUAAUAUAAAAUCAGAUUUAUAUACUGAAUACAUAUAAGAUCAAUUACUAUUUUAAUAUUUUACUGUGUGUUCUAUCAAGUUAAUUUAAAAUACUAGUAGAUAAUAUCAACAUUUUAAAGCAUAAUUUGUUUCCAUAAGUUUAACAAGCAUAUAGUUGUGACAGUGUGAAUAAGGUAUUUUACUAUGUGUCUUAUGAACUGUGCAGCAUCUGCACAAUAAGGAAAUAUCUUAAGUUUUUCCAUUAUACAUUUUACCUCUAG